CGCUUUCAUUGAACGUAGGACAGGCAUCGUGUUGAACUUAGAAAUUAAUGCAAAGACUCAGAAAGGACCUCGAUCUUCAAUAUGCUCACUAUGGUUUUAGAGCUACUACUCAGAGAACGCUAACGCUUACGCUCAGGACUGACUAGAAAUGUACAGAUCUUAUGAUAGGCAGGUCUAUCAAGAAGAAGAAUAACAGAUAUUGCGAUAGGCUGUUCUCUGAUUAAGAGUAACAAAGGGUAAUGUCGUAGGCAAAUGUCCUUUGAAUUUAAUGCAUGUAAAUGCAUGUAGUAAAAAAAUGUCUCGCUGCUCUCGUAGCUUCACGAUUUUUUCUAAACAUCACAUGGUCUAGUUUUGGUUCGUAACACUAGCUCUCUGGAGUGGUCCCCCAGGGGCAGGCGUCAACGGAAUUCCAAAGAAUUUGCUAGAACAAUCAAAAUUCAAGAUCAAAACUCAAGUUCAAAAUUCAAAAUCAAAACUCAAAAUCAAAACUCAAAAUUCAAAAUCAAAAUUCGAAAUUCAAAAUCAAAAUUCAAAAUUCAAAAUUCAAAAUUCAAAAUUCAAAAUUCAAAAUUCAAAAUUCAAAAUUCAAAAUUCAAAAUUCAAAAUCAAAAUUCAAAAUUCAAAAUUCAAAAUUCAAAAUCAAAACUCAAAAUCAAAACUCAAAAUCAAAAUUCAAAAUCAAAAUUCAAAAUUCAAAAUCAAAACUGAGGAUCAAAAUCUAAAAUCACCGCUCAAAAUCAAAACGUAGAACUUCAAGACUCUGGUCCAAAUUUCCAAACCUUGACCCAGUGUUGAGAACUUUGAUCCAAAUUUCAACACUUUGAUCCAAAUUUCAACACUUUUAUCCAAAUUUCAACACUUUUAUCCAAAUUUCAAAACUUUGGCCCAAAUUUCAAAACUUUGGUCCAAAUUUCAAAACUUUGAUAUUUAAAAUUCAAAAUCAAAAUUCAAAAUUCAAAAUUCAAAACUCAAAAUCAAAAUUCAAAAUCAAAAUUCAAAAUCAAAACUCAAAACUCAAAAUCAAAAUUCAAAAUUCAAAAUAAAUAUGAAAUCAAAAUCAAAACGAGGGAAAAACUUUAUACUGUAAGAAAUUACUGAUUUGCUUCUUUCCUUUCUUGUCACCGAAUAACAAUGUCCC